AUGACGACACGCUCAUCAUCAUCAACAUCGUCACCUAGAAAGCUCCAAUAUCAUAUCGAUGACCAUGAUUGGAUCAGCAAACUCCCAGACGAGUUAUUGCAAACGAUUCUCUCAAAAUUGUCCACCGAAGAAGCUGUACGAACAAGUCGUUUAUCGUCACGAUGGAUGGAUGUGUGGAAAUGGAGGACGAGAUAUCAUCUCGUCCUCCACAUGAACAAGGUCUUGGAAACAACCCCCGAUGAAGAUUUGCACCGAGUUUCUGUUGAGUUGGCUAGGUCAAUGACCAAGGCUAUAAAGAAUCACCACCGUGGCCACCUAGAGCGUUGCAUUAUUCACUAUGAAGUAUUACAGUGUAAGAAUGCUACGCUCCAAAGUUGGAUCCACACAGCUACUCGUUUGAAACACACAAAAAGUCUCACACUUACAAACCGUAUCCCUGGUUAUCGAAGGGGUUACAAAAGAACUAGUUAUCUCCGCUUGCUCCCAGAUACAUUCUCACAUCAUAGCCUCACUUCACUGUCACUUUGUGGUUUUUUGGUAAUAAUAAUUCCACAUGCAUUCAGCAAUUGCGAGAACCUUAAGACCCUUAAGCUUUUAAACAUAGCCAUCCCACAGGCUAGUGACCUUAGCGGAGUUUUAGCAGCUUGCACCUCCCUCGAGUUGAUUGUGUUGCAAGUCGAUUUCCUUACCCAAGAUGGUGUGUUGAAGAUUGAGAACAACAGCGUGAAGUUCUUGCAAGUGACUUUCCCAUAUGAGAUUGAUAGGAUCGAAGUGUAUGUAACUUGUCUAGACGUGCUCGACAUCAGGUUUAUCAAAGGUAAGAGAGAGAACUUCAUCAUCGCUGGUCCCAACAUCCAGGUUAACAAAAAUGCUUGGGUGAGUGAUCACGGUAUUCAUACGCCUCGCCUCGUCUAUAAUGUAUCAUCAUAUCUCGCUCAGGAGAAAAAAAUCAUUUGCCGUGAGGUUUUGGUGAGUGAUUUUCAUGAUAUGAGACGGGAUGGGUCUUUAUCAGUGACUGUAGAUAUGACUGAUCCGAAAGAAGUGGAGAUAGUGAAGGAAGUUUUGCUUAUGUGGGCUACUAACAAGAUGAUAGAGCUUGAGAUUUUUUUCAAGAACAAGAAAGCUCCUAAAGAUGAAGGUGAAUGUUCUACUAACAACAGAGCACAUAAAAAUUUGUUGGAGGAUGCAAAACCGUUCCCUACCGCUACUUUCCGCGUUUAUAACGUGCGGUUGUAUAACUUCGACGGUUCGAAUGAGGAAGAGUUUGCGUUCGCUUCCCGUUUGGUGACGCAAAAGACCGUGGUUAGGAAGAUGAUGAUUGAGACCACGUCGUUUCCUCCGACGAAGAAGUUGAAUGCAGAAGCAGAUGUGGCCAAGUUGAUGGAACUUCCUAAAGGUUACAAACGUCUUCGUAUUGAAUGCUUCUGA